CAGCAUACCCAUCUCGAGAGCAGUAUGAUCUUGUUGCACAGAGUCUUGUUAAGAAACAUCCUUGCCUGAGAGAGCCUGGAUCUGUGAAGGGAUGGUACUGCUGGAAAUUCAGUUUAAAAUUUAAAAUGGGAAAUUACCGCAACAAGCUUCGUGUGUCUGGAUGCUCGGAGCUGAAAGUGAAUUGCCGAAAUUCAGGACCAAAACAGAAGCUUAAGAAAGCUAAAAAGGCUGAAGUCAGCUUUCUUCCAGAUAUUCCUGAAGGCAAAACCCAGAAUGUGCUGGAAGAGGAGAGGGCAGCCAUUGUUGCAGAGAUGAAGAAGAAGAGGGUCGAUUGGAAGAAAGUUACUGACAUGAUGGCCAGCACAUUCUCUCUGCGACGAAAAGAAAUAGUUGAACAACAACCACUUGUGGCAGAAGUGAAGGCCAAUUGGCCAGCUUUGUUCACAGAUAAACAGAUUGAAGCAGAAUUUGCUCGACUUACUUCCACUGACCUGUGGGACACGUUUGUUUCUGGGCUGGAUCAGUAUUUGGAAAGAUUCUUGCAGAUGUAUAGGGCCAAGAGUCACUGCAUUCAAACACUUAGCAGCCUCCUGUCUCUGCUUGAUGAUGAUAAUUCAGUUCAAAAGAAAAGGGCAGUCAUUCUUAGAGGCCUUCCGCAUUUUCUCAAGGAGGAUGCGUCAAAACUUCUAAAGACUGCUGAGACUACAGAGAGUGAGGAGCAGGUGGCAAAAGGAGUGAAUAUUGGUAUCUUGCUGAUACAAGAAGAGGAGGACGUCCUUGACUUUUCAGUGGUACUGGAAGAGCAGAUCGUCCUGAAUGGCAUUCGUGACUUCCCCCAUGCGGUAGCUAUGCUUGUUGGUCUGCUAUUUGCUCUUAAUAUUGACUACCCCAAGGAACUGCGCUACACCUUCGAGGUCAUUCAGAAGGUUCUACUGAACAUUGGGGGUGAACAGUGUUCUGCCAGGGUUCAUGGACUCCGAAACAGACUCUUGUGUAAAACUCUGUAGGUGGUAAAGCAGUCAGUGGAUAUGCUGUGUGUGCUGUGUAUACUCAAAAAUACAUGUGCUAAACUGAGCAUAAUAUUUCUUCAGAAAUAUUAGAGACCACAUGAAAAGUUCUGUAUAAUUCAAUUGAUCAGGUGUAAAUAGGUUAGAGUGGUUUGAAGAGAUUAAUCAUAGAGUAAUUUACAGACUUAGAAAUUAUUUGAUUGUCAUGGUAGUUUUGUUUGCUAUCCAUACCUACCAUAGCUGAUAUUUAUGUGGUGUAAUAUCUUUUAUUUAGUUAGACCUUAGGGGUU